CCGCCCCCCCCCCACUCCAAGAGGGACCAGACCGGGCAGGCGCUGAGCUGAGUUUCUACCGAGUUGUCAUCAUCCUCCGGGAAUUGGAGCCGGGCUGGAGGAAUCGGAGGGUCUCGGGCGCCCCGGAGCUAGAUCUCGGCAACCGACGCAAGGGAAAUCGAGGCAAGCUUAGCCAGCCGUCCAACCUGAGCGAAAGGGAGAUGAGCCACCGCUUCCAGCAGCCUCCAGCCUCGGCCGCCGCUUCCAGCCUCCGAUGUCUCUUCUGCGCCGCGGGGGUCGCUCUCCACGCGAGUUCCAGUUAGGACCCGCCGGUGCGUGGCGGGGAAGCGGUUGGGUCUACCGCUAAGGAGCUUUCAAGCCCCGGAGUGGGCGAAAAAGGAGCCUUUUUUGGGGGGGGACAAAUUGGGAGGAAACCCCCUCCCCUCCCUCUCUCUCUCUCUCUCUCCUCUCGCAUCCCCACCGCUCGCCCCUCUCUCGCCUGUGCUUUCCGGCUGCUUCCCGCGUGGCAUCCAGCUCGCCUCUUUAUGACAUUUGGAAUUAAAAGUUUGGGUUUCUAGAAAAAAAAAAAAACAACCCACCAGCCAAGAUGCCGUUUCAUCCCGUGACGGCCGCUUUGAUGUACCGGGGCAUUUAUACCAUCCCCAAUAUUUUGGCAGCGGAUCCCAAUCCGGUGGAUAUUCCCGAAGACGAAUUGGAAGAGAUUCGUGAGGCCUUCAAAGUCUUUGACCGAGAUGGCAACGGCUUCAUCUCCAAGCAAGAACUCGGCACCGCCAUGAGAUCUCUUGGCUACAUGCCCAAUGAAGUGGAGUUGGAAGUCAUCAUCCAGAGGCUGGAUAUGGAUGGCGAUGGGCAAGUGGACUUUGAAGAGUUUGUGACGUUACUAGGACCCAAACUUUCCGCGUCUGGCAUCCCCGAGAAAUUUCAUGGCGCUGAUUUUGACACCGUGUUCUGGAAGUGCGACAUGCAGAAGCUGACGGUGGAUGAGCUGAAACGGCUGCUGUACGACACUUUCUGCGAGCACCUCUCCAUGAAGGACAUUGAAAACAUCAUCAUGACGGAGGAGGAAAGUCACAUGGGAAACGCGGAGGAGUGCCCAGUCGACGUGGAAACGUGCUCAAACCAACAGAUCAGGCAAACCUGCGUCCGGAAAAGCCUCAUCUGCGCCUUCGCCAUCGCGUUUAUCAUCAGCGUCAUGCUCAUCGCAGCCAACCAGGUCCUGAGAAGCGGGAUGAAGUAAACUC